UUGCUUUACACACGAGGGACGUAUGAUCCCGUUGGGACGAAAACCAGAUUCGGCGCCGCGCCGCCUUGGCGUGGGGUCUUCGCGCGGCACGACAUCGCUGGUGGGACGAGGACCGAACUCGCUACCAGCCGCCAACAACUCCCAGACUUUCGACGAGGAUUUUACGCUUCGGUUCAUCCCGUCGAUCAAGCAGUACAAUAUUGGAAGAUUCAACGAAGGUCAAAUGCCAACGUUGUCGAAAUGUGUGCAGCCUAUCAAGAUGUUCAAGGAACCUGACCGGGAGAUCGAGGACGAUGAGGAGGUCAAGGAAGAGCCACAAGGAUGGAACCCUGCUUUGCGGAAGAAACGACGACGACGACGCAAAGACAACCGUAUUAAGAACUGGAUCAUCCAAGAAAACGACUCGAAGACGCUGUUCUCCGGUACGGUGGAAGGCGGUGUCACAUCGUCGUACAUGUUGAUGGUGAAGGUCCCGAACAAGAACGAGUUUCAGAUGUUUCCUGUGGAGGACUGGUUCCGAUUCAAGAAGCCUAUCUCGUAUCCGACCCUGACUUUGCAAGAAGCUGAGAGCUUGGCGGUGGAAAAGAAGCGCGCAGUCGAGCGUUGGGUGAUGAAGCACGAGAAGAAGGAUGGGAAUGACGUCGCUCCGUCGACGUCGAUGAUCACGGGCGCCCUGCGCACUGUUAAGCCGCCUGACGACGACGAUGGUGGCACUAUAUUUGCCGAGCCCAAGGCACCACGACGUCGUGGCGGCGCCAUUGCGAAGAGAGCAAGCGAAGUGGAUGCGACUGGUGAUGACGGCGGCGAUUUCACUGAAAUUUUCAGUGACGACGAAGGGCAGCAAGAAGUGGAAAAGACUAAAAACGACGUCGCGUCCGAGAGCAGCGAGGAUGAAUUUGAGGACGACGCAACCAAGAAGCCCCUGACCGACGAAGGCAAGGCGCUCCAGGAUUUGGUGAAGCGUACAAAGGAACAAAGCGAGAACCCAACGGCGGCUGCCACGGCAGACGCGAACCGCGAUGACAGUUCCGACGACGAGACAAAGCAGGACAAGGAUACGACCGUAGUCAAGCGCUUUGACUUCUACGGCAAUCCUGUCAAGGAGACUGUCCCGGCCGUGACGGCGGCCGGAGCCGAUGGAAAUGGCGCUGCAGCAGCAAGUGGUGCUGCCGCAACUUCGACCGAGGCCGACUCGUUGAAACGCAAGCAUGGUGUUGACGAUGGAGAUAAACCAGGCGCAAAAAAGCACCAAACUGCGCCAACCACGAAGGCUUCGGCCGUCCCCAAAUUGACGGAAGCCCUCAUCCAAGAAGAGCUCAUUCGUUAUGGUGGCCGCAUGAAGACGAAGGAUUUGAUCAAGAAGCUCAAGAAGUUGCUCGUGACUGCGGACGACAAGGCUUUGUUUCGAGACAUCGUCCGCACAAUUUGCGACGUCGAAGAAGACCCUGUCGAUGGUCGCUACAUGGUGCUCAAACCUCAGUUUCGCUGAGGAUCGUUCGGCCGUAGCUGUGGCUAUUUUUUUCACCAGGACAACUUUGAUAAUUCUUUAAAUAUUUGCAUAUGUA